GCAGCUUGUAGCGGAUGAUGACGUCGACGAUGGUAAUUAAUUUUGGGGUAUAUAUAGUGAUAAAAAGUCCUGGAGAGAUCACAGAAUUAUUCUGACAUCAAAGAACAAACAACCAACCAUUGCAAUCAUGAAGUGCAUCGCAGCUGUAGUCAUGAUGGCUCUCGCCGUGGCCGCCGAAGCUGGAUAUGCCCCGUUGCUGUACAGCGCUCCGCUAGCGGCUUACCCGGGACAUACCACCGUUGUCCAGAGCAGCCGGUCGGAUCCAACGCAGUUUACCGAGUUCCCAGCCCUUUCGUACGCCGCCGCCCCAGCCUUUGCUCCCUACUCCUAUCCGGCUUACUACGCCACCGCUUACCAAGCCCCUAUUGCUUACUCCGCUCCGGCCGUUCUCCUGCAGAAGGAAGCUCGCUAUCUAGCUGCCAACCGUGGAGCCAUCCACGAGGCUCCUCUGCCCGGACACGAGAUCUCCCAGCAACAGCUCAAUCUGGCUCCUGCUGCGUAAGCAGAUUGAGUUCGACGGUCUUUGGCUAAUUUCGGCUUUGUGAUACUAUCUACGGAAUUUGAAAUAUAUGUUUACUUUGGCAAACUUAUUUUCAUUUGACCUAC